AGGGAGGAGGAAGAUGGUGGAGCGGGAGGCCGGGCUAGCGGCUGAAGUGAAAGCGGCGUCUCCCCAGGUUUCCUGCCCACCAGCGCGCAGCUGCUGCCAUCCGCAUCCGUGUCAGACCUGCUGUUGCUGUUGUGCGCAGUGAGUGGGGUUGGCGCACAAGCCCCGAGCAAAAGCUUCAACACACACAAUGUCAGCAGAAUAAGUGAGACACCUUCUAGAGCCUGCCAUGAACCAUUUUGAGGGACCGCCCGAAGGAGAGGUGAAUGGCGAACUAGCAACUAGGGAAGUGAAUGAGUCUGUGGAGGCGGACCUGGAACACUCUGAGGUAGAAGAGGAACAGCAACAGUAUGCCAUUCAUUACCCAAGAUGUGCCAAUGGCAACCAUGAAGGACAUUCUAGACAGGAAGAAGAGGGCACAUUAGCACGGUCAGCAAGUACCGAAAGCGGUUUUCAUAAUCACACUGAUACUGCUGAGGGAGAUGUCAUAGCCACAACAGAAGAUGGCUAUGAAGGCGACAGAGUCCUAGAGAAUGAGGAUGAAAGCGCCUAUGCAGUACAAUACAGGCCCGAAGCAGAGGAGUACACAGAAAAUGCUGAAGCAGAACAUGCUGAGACUAUUCAUAAUCGAACUCUUCCCAACCACUUGCACUUUCAUUCCAUUGAGCAUGAGGAAGCCAUGAAUGCCGCAUAUUCAGGCUAUGUGUACACCCAUCGGCUCUUCCAUCGAGGGGAAGAUGAGCAGUAUGCAGAACCCUAUGCUGACUAUGGGCUGCAAGAGCAUGUGUAUGAGGAGAUAGGAGAUACUCCUGACCUUGAUGUCAGGGAAGGUCUUAGGCUCUAUGAACAAGAGAGGGAGGAGGCUGACAACUACCGAAAAGAAGCUUUGGGAGCCCGCCUCCAUCACUACGAUGAACGAUCUGAUGGGGAGUCUGACAGUCCCGAGAAGGAGGCAGAGUUCGCACCCUAUCCAAGGAUGGACAGUUAUGAACAAGAGGAAGAUAUUGACCAAAUUGUGGCCGAAGUCAAACAGAGCAUGAGUUCUCAGAGCCUAGACAAAGCUGCUGAAGACAUGCCAGAGGCAGAGCAGAAUGUGGACACUAGUAAUGCUCCUACCAAUGUUCAUCAUGAAAGCAACAGUCAACUUCCAGUUGGCUCUAAGUCUUCUGCUAAUGUAGGAGAAUCAGUGCAACGAUAUAGCAAAGAAAAAAGGGAUGCGAUAUCACUGGCUAUCAAAGACAUUAAAGAGGCUAUUGAGGAAGUGAAGACUAGGACCAUUCGUUCUCCUUAUACCCCUGAUGAACCCAAGGAACCUAUUUGGGUGAUGAGACAAGACAUCAGUCCAACUAGGGAUGGUGAGGAUCAAAGGCCACUAGAGGAAGAUUCUCCAUCUCCUGAUUCAUCUUCACCACGAGGUGCCGAAUCAUCAGGUAUGCAACAUCAUCAGGAUGUCUGUGGUAUGGCAGAAACACCCACUAAUAAGGAGUCAAGAAAAAGCUUGGCUUCAUUCCCAACAUAUGUUGAAGUUCCUGGACCUUGUGAUCCUGAAGACUUAAUUGAUGGAAUCAUAUUUGCUGCCAAUUACCUUGGCUCCACUCAGCUUCUUUCGGACAAAACUCCAUCCAAGAAUGUGCGAAUGAUGCAAGCUCAAGAAGCUGUUAGCCGAAUCAAGAUGGCCCAGAAAUUAGCCAAAAGCAGGAAGAAGGCUCCUGAAGGUGAAUCUCAACCCAUGACAGAAGUUGACCUCUUCAUUUCAACACAGAGAAUAAAAGUGCUGAAUGCAGAUACACAGGAAACUAUGAUGGAUCAUCCUCUAAGGACUAUUUCCUACAUUGCAGAUAUUGGGAAUAUUGUUGUAUUGAUGGCCCGAAGGAGAAUGCCAAGAUCUAAUUCCCAAGAUAAUGUGGAAGCAUCUCACCCCUCCCAGGAUGGGAAGAGGCAGUAUAAAAUGAUGUGCCAUGUUUUUGAAUCUGAGGAUGCCCAGCUAAUUGCACAGUCCAUAGGCCAGGCAUUUAGUGUGGCCUACCAGGAAUUUCUAAGAGCAAACGGAAUAAAUCCAGAAGACCUAAGCCAGAAGGAAUACAGUGACCUGCUCAACACCCAAGACAUGUACAAUGAUGACCUGAUCCACUUCUCUAAGUCUGAGAACUGCAAGGAUGUUUUCAUUGAGAAACAAAAGGGAGAAAUUCUGGGUGUAGUCAUUGUAGAGUCCGGAUGGGGAUCCAUCUUGCCUACAGUUAUUAUUGCCAACAUGAUGCAUGGAGGACCAGCUGAGAAGUCUGGAAAACUAAACAUAGGGGACCAGAUCAUGUCAAUCAACGGGACUAGCUUGGUUGGCCUACCACUCUCUACAUGCCAGAGUAUCAUAAAGGGUUUGAAAAACCAGGCCAGGGUUAAGCUGAAUAUAGUGAGAUGUCCUCCAGUAACUACUGUGCUCAUCCGAAGACCAGACCUCAGAUAUCAGCUAGGCUUCAGUGUACAGAAUGGCAUUAUCUGUAGCCUUAUGCGAGGAGGGAUUGCAGAGCGAGGAGGUGUACGGGUGGGCCACCGGAUUAUUGAAAUAAACGGGCAAAGUGUUGUAGCGACCCCUCACGAGAAGAUUGUUCACAUCCUCUCAAAUGCUGUUGGUGAGAUCCAUAUGAAAACUAUGCCAGCUGCCAUGUACAGACUCUUGACGGCACAGGAACAACCAGUUUACAUCUAAAGCUCAUCUUCCCAGUAUGCAUGGAGGACCUUUCUCCUAAUUAGUGGUUGUGUUUUCUUGUGCUGCAUUUUGGUGUCUGCAGCAACAUUCUCUCUCUCUCCCCCCCCCCUCCUGUACCUUUUAACAUUUUGCUGUGUACAAAACAUUUUUGGUUGCGCCUUUUUACUACUAGAGUUUUAUGUAAUUCUUCACAGCAGAGAAAAACAACCAGGAUUCUCUUUCUCCCUCACACACGCACACCUGCAGUUGUUCGGGCUAUAUUAUCAUUUUGUGCUUUUGUGGCUGUUAAG